UUGGGUUGCGUUGUGGCGCGUGCGGGAAUGGCGCGGUUUUGUUGAGGGGCGGGCAGGAGGAGGAGCAGCCGGUGGCGGCGGCGGUGGAGGAGGGAAGGGCGGUCCCGUGGCUCGGCGGCAUCUCUGGGGAGGAUGCCGGUCCAUUCCCGGGAGAAGAAGGAGAACAACCACGAUGAGAUGGAGGUGGAUUAUGGGGAGAACGAGGGCAGCUCCUCGGAGGAGGAGGACACCGAGAGCUCGUCCGUGUCUGAAGAGGGGGACAGCUCAGAAAUGGAUGAUGAGGACUGUGAAAGAAGAAGAAUGGAAUGCUUAGAUGAAAUGUCCAAUCUUGAAAAACAAUUUACAGACCUCAAAGAUCAACUUUACAAAGAAAGAUUAAGCCAAGUGGAUGCAAAACUACAGGAGGUCAUAGCUGGAAAGGCACAAGAAUACUUGGAACCAUUGGCAGCUUUACAAGAAAACAUGCAAAUCCGAACAAAGGUGGCAGGUAUCUAUAGAGAGCUCUGUUUAGAGUCUGUAAAGAACAAAUAUGAAUGUGAAAUUCAAGCUUCUCGCCAGCACUGUGAGAGUGAGAAGCUCUUGUUGUAUGAUACUGUACAAAGUGAACUAGAAGAGAAGAUCAGAAGAUUAGAAGAAGACAGGCAUAGCAUUGACAUUACCUCAGAGUUAUGGAAUGAUGAACUACAGUCCAGGAAAAAAAGGAAGGAUCCAUUUAGUCCAGAUAAAAAGAAACCUGUUGUCAUAUCAGGUCCCUAUAUAGUUUAUAUGUUGCAGGACCUCGAUAUACUUGAGGAUUGGACAACAAUAAGGAAGGCAAUGGCUACGCUGGGGCCACACAGAGUAAAGCCAGAACCACCUAUCAAAUUGGAAAAGCAUCUGCACAGUGCUAGGUCUGAAGAAGGAAGACUCUAUUAUGAUGGAGAGUGGUAUGGACGUGGACAGACAAUAUGUAUUGAUAAGAAAGAUGAGUGCCCUACAAGUGCCAUAAUUACAACAAUUAACCAUGAUGAAGUGUGGUUUAAGAGGCCUGAUGGAAGUAAAUCCAAACUGUAUAUUUCUCAGUUACAGAAAGGAAAAUAUUCAAUAAAACAUAACCACAAUUGACCAUUACUAAUCAGAUGUGUUACAAGUGGUGUUAACAUGCUUGAUGUGCCAUGAGGUGAAAAAUGUAUUUAAUAAUGUUUUGUAUUCUCAUUAAAUUUAUGGCAGUAUCUGAUGUAUUUGUAGUAGUGUAUGUAAACUUCAUAUGGAUGUCCUUGAAUGGUGAUGACUCUUAAUCAUGUUGACCAAGACAUUUUUACCUCUAAGCUGGGUCCAGUGCCUAAGAUAUGAAGUAUGCCAUCACAGAUAAUGGCUGAACUUCUGAUUUAAAAAUAUUUGUAAAAUGCAAAACAUUUGCUUUUAUUAUUUGUGACUAAAUUGUGUGGUAACUGUGCAAUUAUUUUUUACCAGCAGUUCACUUCAUAUAUUAAGUGAAUUGUCAUGUUUGUCUUGUGAGUGUAAGUUAAUCUGCACAAAUGUUGCUUCUGAAUAGUCUAAUGACUUAUAUAUUCUUUUAUCCAAAGUGAACAGAAUUUUUUAAACUUGAGACCCUGGACAGUUCUGACUUUUACAAGGUUUACCAUGCCACUUGUAACAAAAUAAAGUCAAUAUUAAGACAUUUAUGAGAAGCACUUUCUGGUACCCCAUAAUAAAUUUAAAAUGUUGGUGGCUUUCUUUUCUAAGUUAUGCAAGAAUGUCACUAGCAAAGGCAAUGUAAAAUUAGUUACACUACAGGUAGAGGCAGUGCUAUGUGGUCCACAGAGGGCAUGAGUACCUGGCAGUAUUACCAUGUAAAUGGUAAAUAACCAAGUAUUGUACUUGUCUGAUCUGUAGUCUUAUGAAACAAACACUUUUUGUCAAAAGUAAAAUGUACCCUCAGAAAUCGUAUCUCUGAGACAAAUUAACAGUGACCUGCUCACCAUGUGCCAUCUUUCCAAAUUUCCCAUAUUUUACUCUCUUAAUGGAAUUGUUUCAUGCAGUUUAGAAAGUUAAGCUUGCACAGAAGUUAUACUUCAGGACAUCAGGGGCAGAGUCUGAAAUCCUUAAUGUUUUAUAGUACCUGUUUGAAGCAUGUAGAAUAACAGGUGGGAAUGGAGGAAAAAUAAGUUUUUCCUGGUGGUUGUGUGCACUUUACUGUCCAUUGUGAUGACUCAUCUUGGAGCAAGGAAAACAUGUAUUUGCUUAAGUUGAUCAUGGCAAUGCAAAACUCUUUUGCCCUACAUAAUACUUAACUGCUUUAUCUCUAAAAUGUCAUUGCUCGUGCAGGGUGGUAACUACUUGACUGUUGCCAAAAGUCUAAAAUAUUGGAGCUUUACAGUGAUAGAAAAGCAUUCCUCAGGAUAAACUGCAUGUCACAUUAACAUUAGCCAACUGUACAUAAAAUAACAAUUGAUGUGUUGGCUUUUGACAGUACUUUCUGUAUGUACACAGUUUGAUAAAAAAAAUUUGUAAUAAAAUAUUUGUAUUUUUUAACGUAGUGUAUAAAUGAUCUGUGAUAGUGGACAUUUUGUACAGUUGUUGCUCUUUUUAUUUUUCCUUGAAAGUUGCAGAUCUUUAAUUCUAAAGAGAACUUUAAAAUAUUGUAGUUUUUAAGGUUGCCUAGAAAUGUUUGUCUUCCACAGAACCUAAAAAGGUGAAUACAGAUAUUUGACUGAAAAAUCACUUUUAAAUCCAAUAUCUUUGCAAUAAACUUAAAUAUAACAGUCCAUAUUCCAGUAUAUGUAUGGACUUAUAUAAUCAGAGAUGUAAUACAAGUCUGUCUUUUCUGGCUUCUUUACCCCCAAUGUCUUUAUAAUAUGUGAAAGCUUAAACCCUAUAGAAGUAUAAGUCGUACACAUGUACUAAACAAGGUUUGCUUAGAAAAUUGUAGAAAUAUACACUUAGUUUUUUCAAAAUCUUUGACGAAGGAACUAUAUAAGUUACUCAAAUGCUAUCUAAGUGUGUACAUGUGCAACUUUUAUUAAUAUAGGUUUGGAGAAGUGAAUGUGGGCAUUACUGUAAUAUGGACACUAUGCAUUACUCAAGCAUUUUUAACAGCUGACCACAGUAACAUUAAUAUACACUCUUGCCUGCAAGAAAGGGGAAUGAGUGUAAAGCAAACUUAAGCACUGUGGAAAAUACUUUACAGUCUGGAACAGAUGUGCAGGGGAAUCUUAGUUUACAUUGGGCAUGUAUCUUGAGAGUAGUGUCUUUGUACACAAGCUCAGUAUUUGCUGCUUUGUCUCCGUGUUAUCCCUUGCUACUAGUAACAAGCCAGUAUUACGCUCUCCAGACCUGCUCUGCACUAACAAAUAUAUUGUCAACUAAUCCUUUAACACUGUUCAGAUGCUAUGUGGACAAGUAAGGGCUUGCUUAGCAUUUGCAGCUAAACUGUGGUCAACCCCAGUUCAGAUAGCACAAUUGUUGCUCUUAAAUUUUGUAGUGUAGAGCAAGUGUCAGCCCUGGGUGCAAAGUAAUGCCUGUCUGCAGCUGAUAUGAAUGGGACAGAAUUGAGCUUGGGGGCUGGGGAGGAAAUUAGAAGUCUUUAUUGAAAGAAUGGGUUUUAAAAGCACAUUGCUUACUUUUUGACUUGCCUGAUUUACUCAAUAAAUCAUUUAAAGGCUAUGUCUGCACUGUAGCUGAGAGGUGAGAUUCCUGGCACAAGUAGACAGACUUGCACUAGCUCUUAGCAUGCUUAAAAAAUAGCAAUGUGGAUGUUGGGCUUGGGUGGUGGCUCAGACUAGCUACCUAUGCUCAAACCCAGGGAGUUGGCCAGGCUUAGGGAUGGGUGACUAGCUCAAAUUGCCAUCUGUGCAGCACAGUCUAUUCUGCUGUUUUUAGUGCACUACCUCAAGCAGUGCUAGCAUGAAGCUUUCUACUUGUCUUGGCAAUCACACCUCCCAGCUGCAGUCUAGACCUACUUAGAGUAAGCACCUCUUUGCUUUGCCUGGCAAGUAAGAGGCUAAGAUUCUGAACUUUUUUGCAUAAGAUACAAGUUAAGUAGUUAUUUUUAACUUGGAAUUUUUAAAAUUGACAUUCCAAGUCCAGUGCUUUUCCCAUUAAUUUCAAUGCAGAAUUCCUUUAUAUUUUGUCAAAAUUAUUUUACUCCUGAAUGCUCAGAAGAAAAGAGACAUGUCCAUGGAGUAAACAUGGAUAACGGUUGCCAGAGAAAAGCUGAAACUUCAAGAGGAGUUGAUUUGUUUUGCUAGUGCUCCCUAUUUAUUAGUGAUCAGGAAAAAGGAGGGAGCUGUACUGUGGCAAAAUUUGUAGACUCAAUUACUUAGUCAAAUGCAGAGAACAUACAGAACUUUAUGGGGACUUGACUAAGCUGCAUAAAAGGGAGGGGUCUACUAUAAACCAGCAAAUCAGGAAGAGGAGAUGGAUGAGGCAUUUUUAGAACAAAUAUCCAAAACACAUGAGCUGGUAGUAAUGGGGGACUCUACUUAUCCAGACAUCUCUUAGAAAAAUAAUCUAACAACACAUAAUAUCUUUGAAUGUACUGGGGACAACUUUUUGUUUCAGAAAGCUGAGGAAGUAACCUGGAGAGAGCCACUUUAGAUUUGACUCUGGCAACUUAUUCCUCCCUGUUGGUCAAUCUGAAGGCAGAAGACAAUUUGAGUGAAAUUGAUCAUGAAAUGCUAGGUUUCAUGAUUCUAAAGAAAGGAAGGAGUGAGAGCAGCAGAAUAAGGACAACAUACUUCAAAACAGACUAGCAAACUCAGAAUGGCUAUGUAAGGUUCCUGGAAAGAAAAUCUAAGGGGAAAAAGAGUACAAGGAAGCAGGCAGUUUCUCAAGGAGACCAUAUUGAAGGCAUAAUUGCCAACUAUUCCAAUGUAAAGGAAAGAUAGGAAGAGGCCAGUAUUGCUCCAUCAAGAGCUCUUUAAUGACCUGAAAAUCAAAAAGGAAUCCCACAAAGUGUGGGAACAUGGAUGAACUGCUGAGGAAUACAAAAGAAUAGUAUAAUCAUGUAGGGACAAAAUGAGAAUGGAUAAAGCAUAAAAUGUGAUACACCUAGCAAGGGACAUAAAAGACAAUUAGAGGUUCUUUAAAUAUAUUAGGAGCACAAGAAAGAUGAAGAAAAGUGUAGGUCCUCUACUUAGUGGGGAAGGACAGCUAAUAGUAAAUGCCAAGAAGGCGGCUGAGGUGUUUAAUGCCUAUUUUGCUUCAGUCUUUGGUAAUAAGGUUAAUGGUGAGCAGAUGCUCAACACAAUUAGAGGUUAAAGAAUAUUUAGAUAAAUUAGAAGUAUUCAGGUUGGCAAGGCCUGAUGAAAUUCAUCCUAGGAUACUUAAAGAAUUAGAUGACUCAACUUUGGAACAGUUAGCAGUUCUUUGAGAACUCAUGGGGAGUGGGUGAGUUCCCUGAGGACAAGAGAGAGGCAAACAUAGUACCUAUCUUUAAAAAGGGGGACAAACAGGACCUGGGACAUUUAAAGACCAGUCAGCCUAACUUUGAUACCUGAAGAUACUGGAAUUAAUUUUUAACCAAUCUAGAGGAUUAACAGUGUUAUAAGGAAUAGACAACAUGAUUUUGUCAAGAAUAAAUCAUGUCAAACCAACCUAACUUUCUUUUUUGACAGUGUUACUGUCCUAGUGGAUAAGGGGAAGCAGUAGUCAUGAUGUCUUGAAUUUAGUAAAGCUUUUGAUGCAAUCUCACAUGACUUUGUCAUAAGCAAACUAGGGAAAUGGGGUCUAGAUGAAACUACUAUAAGAUGAGUGCACAACUGGUUAAAACACUAUAUUGAAGGAGUGAUUGUGAAGCUGGCAGACUAGAUGCCAGCUCUUGCCAAGGCUUUAGGCCUCAGCUUAGCACUGACAAAUUCACUGCUGGAAACCAGUCUGUUUCACCUGUGUUGGUAUAGUUAAGAUGAGUCUUGAACUUUAUUAACAAUGUGUUUAGUGUUUAAACUUUAUAAAAUGCUUGUAAGUUGCUGCUUUCAUUAAUUUCACUUAUAGAAUGUGAUAAAGAUGUUAUAAGGUAAUAUAAUUUUUUGCUUUAUAAGUGUAAAAAAUGUUUGCUCUGAAACAGUUAACCCAGUCAGGAGGAAUUUUCUUCUAACCAUCAAGUAGUCCUGCCAAAAAUAAAUGGGCCAUUGUGGGACAUCACUGUACAAAGACUUUAUUUGCCCCUUCACACCCACAAAGAGGCUACGUGCAAAAGGGCUCGUCUCAUCAGCUUGAAUUCUAGAAGAAGGAAAUAAAAGUACCUGACAUUUUUUUCAUCUCUUUUGCUAUCUGGAGUCUUUCAGGUCCACAGCAGCUAUGAAUCAAGAGGAAAGAUUUCCAGAAUCCACCUGUGUUAGCCCUGAAAGACAUUCAGAGCUGACAGAUUACUACAGCACUGUCACCUUUUAAAACCAUGGACUAACUCAUUUCUGUAUAUGCUUGCCUGCUGUAAACCUUGUAAUUAAUUUUUUUCCCUAGUUAAUAAACUAACUAAAAAUUUA